AUGGCCGCGAAUCACUUCUGCGAGAGGAUCCGGCCCGCGAUGGAGGGGAUCUCCAUCGUGGGCUGUUCGAACGCAUACGUCGCAGCCAUGAACCGGUCAUUGUCCAUCCGGUCCAAAAGGGACCAGGCGUCAUCCAGUCGGCACCGGUUCAGCAUGGCCUCGUUCCGCAGUAUGCAGCUGCCGGUGUCUAGCAGGAAACUGAAUAAACUCAUCAAGUCCGAAAAUUCAGCCAUCGACGCCCACGAAGCCGCCGGUAGAGAACGCAUAUCCAUCGCUGCGCAAUUGUCGGACUGGGGUGAAUCCACUGAGGAUGAUGCAGUUUCGGAUAUUUCGGACAGAUUGGGUGUGCUGUUGGCGGAGAUCGGGGAGCAGGAAGACGGCUUUUCAAUGACUCUUGAAGAUUAUAGGAAUCUUCUCAAACAUAUUCGGGAUACGGAAACUUCUGUCCAGCCGUCGCGGGAUCUGACGCUGAAGGUUCUGGACGAGUUGGAGAAACUGAAAUACAAGGAGCCCGGGAGCCAAAGGUUGGUUACGUUGGAGCAGGAGUUGGUCAGGGUCGAGGCCCAAAAUCUUGUUGCUGAGGCGCAGUUGACCAAUGUUACGAGAGCAAAGUUCAAGCAGGCUUAUGACAUUCAUCUGGCGGCUGUAAUUGAGAGGGCAGAAAAGCAAAUCAUCCUUGCGCGCCAUGCUCGUCGUCUGCUCAACUGUCUUGAUGACACUCCUGUUGUCCCUGGUGAUCCGCGCCGGCCGUAUGAGCAUGAGGCUACCACUCGACAGAUCCUCGAUGAUGCCGAAAAGGAACUUAGUUCCUGGGAAAGAACCUGCGAACCUAUCCACUCCGGAGCAGCAGGGCUGUCUUCAAACCUCCUGGGCACCGCCAAUAACAAUGCCCAGCAGGAUGUAAAGGAAAUAGCUGCUCCUGAGCCUAACGGCUCCGAACGCGGUGCAACUCUGGAGGAGCCACAGCAAACACUGGCAAUAGAAAACACCCCUGGCACGGAAGAAUACUCGUCUGUCGGGGAAGGCCCAUCGAGCACCGUAGAGCAUUCUAUGGUAGAGACGGUCCAGGAAACCGUGACGACCGAAGUUAAUAGAACUGGAUAG